AUGUCGCACUUUUCCUACGAAUCAUUUGAUGAGCCUUUGAGUGAUGUCCUGAAGAAGCUGGAGGUGACAUUUUUCAAUGUCGUUGUUGAUGCUGCAACCUCAGCCCUUCAGGAAAGAUUUUCCACAUUGGAAAAUGUGGGAGAGAAGUUUGGAGUGCUGUCAACCUUCCUAAGUCUCUCAAAUGAGGAGCUGACAGAACAAUUGACCGUAGCUGAAGCAGAGAGGAGCUUUUCAAAGCUGAAGCUCAUCAAAUCCUACCUGACGUCCACCAUGUCACAGGAACGCCUUAGUGGUCUUGCUGUCAUCAACCUACACCGUCCUCUCCUGCUACAGACCUACACCGUCCUCUCCUGCUACAGACCUACACCGUCCACUCCUGCUACAGACCUACACCGUCCUCUCCUGUUACAGACCUACACCGUCCUCUCCUCCUACAGACCUACACCGUCCUCUCCUGCUACAGACCUACCCCGUCCUCUCCUGCUACAGAUCUACACCGUCCUCUCCUCCUGCAGACCUACACCGUCCUCUCCUGCUACAGACCUACACCGUCCUCUCCUCCUAAAGACCUACACCAUCCUCUCCUCCUACAGACCUACACCGUCCUCUCCUGCUACAGACCUACAAUGUCCUCUCCUGCUACAGACCUACACUGUCCUCUCCUGCUACAGACCUACACUGUCCUCUCCUGAUACAGACCUACACCAUCCUCUCCUGCUACAGACCUACACCGUCCUCUCCUGCUACAGACCUACACCGUCCUCUCCUGCUACAGACCUACACCGUCCUCUCCUGCUACAGACCUACACCGUCCUCUCCUCCUACAGACCUACACCGUCCUCUCCUCCUACAGACCUACACCGUCCUCUCCUGCUACAGAUCUACACCGUCCUCUCGUCCUACAGACCUACACCAUCCUCUCGUCCUACAGACCUACACCAUCCUCUCCUCCUACAGACCUACACCGUCCUCUCCUGCUACAGACCUACACCGUCCUCUCCUGCUACAGACCUACACCGUCCUCUCCUCCUGCAGACCUACACCGUCCUCUCCUGCUACAGACCUACACCGUCCUCUCCUGCUACAGAUCUACACCGUCCUCUCCUCCUGCAGACCUACACAAUCCUCUCCUGCUACAGACCUACACCGUCCUCUCCUCCUACAGACCUACACCAUCCUCUCCUCCUACAGACCUACACCGUCCUCUCCUGCUACAGACCUACACCGUCCUCUCCUCCUACAGACCUACACCGUCCUCUCCUCCUACAGACCUACACCGUCCUCUCCUCCUACAGACCUACACCGUCCUCUCCUGCUACAGACCUACACCGUCCUCUCCUGCUACAGACCUACACCGUCCUCUCCUGCUACAGACCUACACCGUCCUCUCCUGCUACAGACCUACACCGUCCUCUCCUCCUACAGACCUACACCGUCCUCUCCUCCUACAGACCUACACCGUCCUCUCCUCCUACAGACCUACACCGUCCUCUCCUCCUACAGACCUACACCGUCCUCUCCUCCUACAGACCUACACCGUCCUCUCCUCCUACAGACCUACACCGUCCUCUCCUGCUACAGACCUACACCGUCCUCUCCUCCUACAGACCUACACCGUCCUCUCCUCCUACAGACCUACACCGUCCUCUCCUCCUACAGACCUACACCGUCCUCUCCUCCUACAGACCUACACCGUCCUCUCCUCCUACAGACCUACACCGUCCUCUCCUGCUACAGAUCUACACCGUCCUCUCCUCCUACAGACCUACACCGUCCUCUCCUCCUACAGACCUACACCGUCCUCUCCUCCUACAGACCUACACCGUCCUCUCCUCCUACAGACCUACACCGUCCUCUCCUCCUACAGACCUACACCGUCCUCUCCUCCUACAGACCUACACCGUCCUCUCCUCCUACAGACCUACACCGUCCUCUCCUCCUACAGACCUACACCGUCCUCUCCUCCUACAGACCUACACCGUCCUCUCCUCCUACAGACCUACACCGUCCUCUCCUCCUACAGACCUACACCGUCCUCUCCUCCUACAGACCUACACCGUCCUCUCCUCCUACAGACCUACACCGUCCUCUCCUCCUACAGACCUACACCGUCCUCUCCUCCUACAGACCUACACCGUCCUCUCCUCCUACAGACCUACACCGUCCUCUCCUCCUACAGACCUACACCGUCCUCUCCUCCUACAGACCUACACCGUCCUCUCCUCCUACAGACCUACACCGUCCUCUCCUCCUACAGACCUACACCGUCCUCUCCUCCUACAGACCUACACAGUCCUCUCCUCCUACAGACCUAUAGUACAGGUAACUGUGGCUAGAAUGGGUCAUUUGUGA